AUGCCCACCUUGACCAAAAGCGCAAGAUCAGUCCUACUGAUAAGAGGUGGUCUAAAAUUCAAUUACGGUGCGACUGUUAAGUCAUCUCUGGAGAGCUCACGGCGUUUCUCGUCUCUGAGAUCCCAAGUCCAGAUUGUCGAGGUCGGGCCACGGGACGGUCUGCAAAACAUCAAAGCAUCUAUUCCUACGGCGACCAAAAUUGAACUGAUCCGCAGACUCGUCGACACAGGUUUGGUAAACAUCGAGGCUACUUCCUUCGUGUCUCCCAAAUGGGUUCCUCAGCUCGCCGAUGGAACCGAGGUCAUGAAUGAGAUCCUUGCACGCCCUGGGCACAUCUACCAAUCUCGUCAGAUCAACUAUCCCGUUCUGGCGCCAAACCUUAAAGGGCUGGAGAAUGCAAACCGAGCCGGGGCAAAGGAGAUCGUGGUCUUUGCUUCUGUGACGGAAGCGUUUAGCAAAGCGAAUCAGAACUGUACUGUUGAGGAAGCACUCCAACAAUGUGAAGCUGUCACCAAAAAGGCGUUGAGCCUCGGUAUCAGAGUUCGUGGGGUCAUUUCUUGCAUGUUCUCAGACCCAUUCUCGGGCCCUACGCCACCAGAUACUGUUCUUCCAGUUGUGAAAAGGCUAUUAGAUAUGGGUUGCUACGAAGUUGGCCUCGGUGAUACGCUGGGUGUUGGUACUCCGAAGAAGGUCCAGGAUGUCCUUGACAGGCUACUUCCGGACAUAUCUCCAACUCGGCUUGCCGGUCAUUUUCACGACACAUAUGGCCAAGGAAUCGCCAAUAUUGUCCGUGCCUACGAGAUGGGUAUCAGAAAGUUCGACAGUAGUGUUGCCGGCCUCGGUGGCUGCCCUUAUGCACCUGGAGCCCGAGGCAAUGUUGCUACCGAGGAUGUCAUCUACACCCUGGAGAACUCAGGAAUCAGCACUGACGUGGACUUGGAUAAGCUUUGCGAUGUUGGCCAAUGGAUUUCCGGGGAGAUUGGUAUUCCAUAUGGGAGCAGAGCCGGUGCCGCUUUGGCUACCAAGAGAGGCAAGAUUAUUUCUAGCUCGACCACUUCAAAGCCCACACCUCCUAAAGAACCGCGUACUUGGAAGGCUGUGGAGGAUACUGGCGAGUAUCGUGUCUCUCGAUCGGGUACCGCCUUGAAGGUCACCCUGACACGGCCUAAGAAUGGAAACGCCUUGACUGACUCCAUGCUUGAAGGCCUGACUUCCCUUUUCAAGAAGCUUCCUCAAGAUCAAUCCGUAUACCACCUUGUGAUCGAAUCAGAGGGCAAGUUCUUCUGUACAGGCAUGGACCUUAGCGGAAACACUGACACAGCCAAUGGCUCCGACGAUGGCAGCUAUUACUCCAAGGUUGCGGCACUGUAUGAAGCUCUAGAUCACGUUCCUCAAACCACCAUCGCCGUCGUUGACGGGCCAUGUUACGGUGGUGGUGUUGGACUAGCUUUUACAUGCGAUGUUAGGCUUGUAUCCCCAAAGGCACGCUGGACACUCAGCGAGAUCAAGAUUGGGGUUAGUCCAGCUGUGAUUUCCAAGUAUCUCGUGCGGGAAUGGGGUGCCUCUAUGGCUCGUGAAGGCAUGUUGUCUGGGAGAGAGAUAGGUCCCGAAGAGCUCGCUCGGGUAGGGGCUGUUCACGGGAUAAGUAGCGAUGAGACAUCCCUGACGAUGCUGCUCGAUAACUAUUUGGAUCAAUUGGCAAAAUGUGCUCCUCGAUCCUCAGCUAUCAACAAGGAGCUCACAAGAAUGGCUUGGCUGUGUCCGGAUAGUGAGAGACAAGCGAGUCUGGUCAAGAAGACGUUCGCUAACAUGACGGUCCCUGGAUCGGAGGGGGAGCACGGGAUUUGUCAGUUCCAAAAGAAGAACAAAUCGUUCAGUUGGAAGGAUUUCUGGGGAAACAAGAGUCCAUUAGAGAAGCCCAUCUACUGA